CAGAAUUUCUUAAACAGACACAAAGAGACGAAGCUAAUUAAUCUAUCCAUUUCUUGUUAUCCAAGCUAUCCAACCAUUAUUCUUUUUUUCCCCAUGUAGUUCAGCAGUACAACAACCGAAAAGCUCCUCCCCUCCGUACGGAAAAUGCUAGAAAAGCGACCACUCUUUGAAUCCAUCCCCGGGUUUUCCAGACCACUGGCGGUCCGAUCUCCCUUUGAUCCAGCCCGGUGGUUCCUUCCCGCUCAGACCCCGUUCUUGCUGCAGGGAGGAGCGUUCUGAGCGCAGAACGGUGAGCAUCAUAGGCUGCAUUUAAGGAAACGGGCCACCACAGCACUUUUUUGACUUUCCAUAAUGUUCUAGAAUCGGCCACUAUAGGCUCUUUAUACAUUUCAAGGAGGAUGUUUGCUGUUGGGUCCACGAACGACGUUUUGCUGUGAAACCGCCGACGGUGGGAAUCUCUGGUCUAGUUCAGAGAGAGAGAGGGAGAGGGAGAGAGAGGGGGAACCUUCAAUUAUUUCCUGCGCCAAGAAUCCCAAAGACAUGGUCCUUCCAUCCAAUCUGUGAUGAGCGGGCUGUGAGCGCGAGCAGGACGUGUGCUGCCGUACUUUCCCAGAGGAUGCUGCUCUGCUGAGGGAGGACCGCCCCGGGACCCCCCCUCCCCGCCGCCCCCAGGGCCCCUCCGUCAGGGACCCAGCAUGUCGUACCACCACCAGCACUACCAGCGCCGCGCCAUGAGCUCCGAGGAGAGGUGCGCCACGCCGGUCAACAAGAUCUCCACGCCGACGCACAAGAGCGCCUCCUCCUCCUCCUCUUCGCAGCGUGACAGCCGACAGGAGGCCGACAGCUGGGAGAUCAUCGAGGGCCUGAAGAUAGGCCAGAGCAACGUGCAGAGACCGGACAAACACGAGGGCUUCAUGCUGAAGAAGCGGAAAUGGCCGCUGAAAGGCUGGCACAAGCGGUUCUUCGUUCUGGACAAUGGGAUGCUGAAGUACUCCAAGUCUCCCAUCGAUAUCCAGAGGGGUAAACUGCACGGCAGCAUCGACGUGGGGCUGUCCGUCAUGUCGGUGAAGAAGAGGGCGCGGCGCAUCGACCUGGACACCGAGGAGCACAUCUACCACCUGAAGGUCAAGUCCCAGGAGAUCUUCGACGCCUGGGUGUCCAAGCUGCGCCACCACCGGCUGUACCGGCAGAACGAGAUUGUGCGUUCCCCGCGCGACGCCACCAUCCGGAUGUUCCCCCCCCCCCCUCCGGCGCCGGCGCCCGCAGCGGCGGAGUCACCGCAGCCCCCACCCCCUGCGGUGCAUGAAGUCAAGGCUAAGCCCAGUAACCUCCCGUGGCAGCCCGUGGCCCCCAGCAGCAGCAGCAGCAGCAGCCUCCCCGCCUCCUACAGCAACGGGCAGAGCAAGGUUGCCGCCUGGCUCCAGGAGUCUGAGGAGAUGGACAAGUGUGCGGAGGAGUUGGCCCGCUGCCAGUCCAGCCUGAUGGAGCUCAGUAAGUUACUGCAGAGUCUGGAGAUUCUCCAGCGCACCCAGUCUGCCCCCAACUUCACAGACAUGCAGACCAAUUGCGUAGAGUUAUCAAAGAAAGAGAAGCGGUUGAACCGAAGAUGGAGAACAAAAAGUGUCGGGAAAGACUCUAAGUUCCAGCUCCAGGUACCCCUGUCCUCGGCCAUCCCCCCGGUCCGCCUCCACUCGUCCAACCCCAACCUGUGCGCUGAGCUGGUGGACUUCCAGGUGCCGCCGGCGCGCCACGCCGACUACGUGGAGGGGGCCGGCGACUACAUCAAGCUGCAGGAGGACUUCUGCACCAUCGCUCAGAAGGUCCAUUGCCUGCUGCGGUCGGCCUUCAACACGGUGGGCAUCGAGAAGGAGAAGAUCAAGCAGAUCCUGUCGGACCAGGAGCAGAGCAGCCAGGCCGCCCAGAUCAACACCCUCAGGAAGUCCCUGUCCCAGGCGCUGUCACAGAACGCAGAGCUACGCACGCGUCUCAGCCGCAUCCACUCCGAGUCGGUCCUGAGCGAGCAGGUGGUCAGCGUAAACAUCAUCUCCACGCCAGACGAGGGUGAACAGAUGGGGAUCCCUCUGACCCAGCAGGCCUCGAACGAGAGCCGUCUCUCCAUGUCCGAGUCGGUGUCCGAGUUCUUCGACGCCCAGGAAGUGCUCCUGUCCGCCAGCUCGUCAGAAAACGAGGCCUCAGACGAUGAGUCAUACGUCAGCGACGUGAGCGAUAACAUUUCGGAGGACAACGCCAGUGUGACCGAUAAUGUCUCCAGACAGAUGGCCAACGGCGACUUCGUGGCCAGCGCUUUCCGCAACGGACGGCGUAUCUGCCUGCCGGCGCCGUCCCCGGACACCAGCAACAUCAACCUGUGGAACAUCCUGCGCAACAACAUCGGCAAGGACCUGUCCAAGGUGUCCAUGCCGGUGGAGCUCAACGAGCCGCUCAACACGCUGCAGCACAUGUGUGAGGAGCUCGAGUACAGCGAGCUGCUGGACAAGGCCGCCGAGACGGAGGACCCCUUCGAACGCAUGGUCAUCGUCGCAGCCUUCGCCAUCUCAGGCUACUCUUCCACCUACUACCGCGCAGGAAGCAAGCCAUUUAACCCUCUACUCGGAGAGUCCUACGAAUGUAUUCGGGAGGACAAGGGCUUCUGUUUUUUCUCUGAACAAGUCAGCCAUCACCCCCCCAUCUCGGCUUGCCACUGCGAAUCCAAGAACUUCACCUUCUGGCAAGACGUGAGAUGGAAAAACAAAUUCUGGGGGAAGUCGAUGGAGAUUCUCCCGAUCGGGACGGUGAACGUCAUGCUGCCAAGGUUCGGGGACCACUAUGAGUGGAACAAGGUCACCACCUGCGUACACAACAUCCUGAGCGGCAGACGCUGGAUCGAGCACUACGGCGAGAUCACCAUCAGGAACACCAAGAGCAGCGCUUGCCUGUGCAAACUCACCUUUGUCAAGGGAAACUACUGGAGCUCUAACGUGAACGAGGUGCAGGGCUUUGUGAUGGACCAGGAAGGGAAAGUCGUCCAUCGGCUGUUUGGCAAGUGGCACGAGGGCCUCUACUGUGGCGUUCCACCCUCUGCCAAAUGCGUCUGGAGGCCAGGUUCCAUGCCCACAGACUACGAGCUGUACUAUGGCUUCACCAGGUUCGCUAUUGAGCUCAAUGAGCUCUGUCCAGAGUUAAAAGAUGCCCUGCCGCCCACAGACGCCAGAUUUCGACCCGAUCAAAGGCACCUGGAGGAGGGGAACCUGGAGAUGGCGUCGUCGGAGAAGCAGCGCAUCGAAGACCUGCAGCGUGUCCGCAGGAAGUGGAACGAGGACAACAACAUCAGACCCCAGCCUCGCUUCUUCAGGAAAGUGGUGGACGCCAACCAGAGAGAGAGGUGGGUUUCUAACAACACCUACUGGGACUUGCGCAAGAACCCUGGCUUCAUCAACAUGGAGUACACGUUAGCCCUGUGGUAGCACAGGGCGCCGUGGAGUCGAGGAAGCGGUUGGCCCCGGCGUGCGUCGCACUGCGGGAGAGGAUCAGCGAGGCCUGCUGUCUAUGCACAAUCCGUCACAGUGAUCACCGCUUUUGCGUGGCAGAACUCAGACGUGCAUGGAAGGACGGGACCGCGAGCCCCCCAGCCCGGACCUCGCCGCGUUGCCCCGGCGACCGCCUCCCUCUCCCGGAACCCGGAGAGGAAGGCGGGGGGCGGGUUCAGUGGCGAGGUCAUCCUGGUCGUCCAUCCAUGGAAGCGUCCGCUGCCAGGACACCCCCCCCCCCCUCACCCCCCCCCCCUCCUCAUUGUGUGUGUGUAAGAUGCUGGGGUUUCCAUGGCGACGGAGUCGGUGUAGACCGUGUCCGGAGCAGUUUUAACUUUUGAGUCUUUGCCUUAACAAGUCACCCGUCACAGACACACACACACACACACACACACACACACACACACACACACACACACACACACACACACACACACACACACACACACACACACACACACAUACAUACACCUGCACAAAGACACACACAGACACACACACACUUGUGCGCACAGCUCAACUCACACACACACACACACACACACACACACACACACACGGUUUUAAAGUGAAAAGCUUUUUUCCUUUCUCAGAAGCGUUUUCGUUUAGAUGAUGAUUUGACCUUUGAUUACCUAAUGUAUGUAUCAUGCACACACACACACACACACACACACACACACACACACACACACACACACACACACACACACACACAUACAUACACCUGCACAAAGACACACACAGACACACACACACUUGUGCGCACAGCUCAACUCACACACACACACACACACACACACACACACACACACACACGGUUUUAAAGUGAAAAGCUUUUUUCCUUUCUCAGAAGCGUUUUCGUUUAGAUGAUGAUUUGACCUUUGAUUACCUAAUGUAUGUAUCAUGCAUGUUUAGAGUGCAGCUUUCGUUGGCACUUACCGCCAUACUAUACAUAUUAUACCAUAUCAAAGUAAUUUGUUGUAGAAAAAGAGGUAUUUUUGUAAUAUAUACUGGACUCAUAGAUUUACUAAAAAAGGGUAUAGUGGUAAUAAUUUGUUCAUUUAAGCAUUGGUUUGUUAAUUUAAUUUUUUUCAUUUUACUAUUGUUGAUCUGUACCAUAGCAGUACGCUCUCUUGGGCAGAGAUCAGUUUGAGGCGUGUCGGGAAUUGACAGAUUUAAUGUCAUUUUAGAAGGCACCCAUAACAAAUGGUAAUUCUGAGAAAGGCUUUGACUGUCCUUGUAGAAGACUUUUCCGGCAUACGUUGUGUCUUCAUUAUAGAAGUGUUGUGUCAAUAGGAAAAAGAUUAUAUAAUAUACAGACAUAUCACUCCUCAUCACACUGGUGGUUUAAACCUAGCUUAUCCUCACAGUUAUAUGUUUCAACACACAAACAAAGCCCCCUUUCCAAAGCAUGUGUAGAUAGAUCAUCUAUAUCAGACACAUAAACACACACACACACACACACACACACACACACACACACACACACACACACACACACACACACACACACACACACACACACACACAGUUGUCCAGUCCCAUUUCCUCCUGUACGUUAUUAUAUACAGAGAAAAAACUAAUCAACAUUAACGAAGCAUUCUGUGACACAUGGAUAUGCACAAUGGAAAACAAAGUAUAGCUAGAGUUGGAAGACGUGAUGCGCGCGGGUUCCCCAGCCAACGCACUCUGCUGGUCAUCAUCACUGUUGAUGACAUCAACAGCUACUAUAGCUUUUCCCGCCACUUCAAAAAGGGACGUAGAGUAGAUAUCUGCCCCCUAAUCUUAGUUAUUGAAACGACAACCAUUCGUGUGUCAUUCAAACGUAUUCAGUUUCCCAAAUAUUGUAGACACUGAAGCCAAAGACCUUGAGGAGAUAUAUAUAGGUCUAUAUGUGUGUAUGUGUGCAUAUAUAUAUAUAUAUAUAUAUAUAUAUAUAUAUAUAUAUAUAUAUAUAUAUAUAUAUAUAUAUAUAUAAACGCAAACCUACAGAGAAUGUACUGCUAUGACCAUGGGCCUCAAAGCACUAACUUAUUUUUUUCUUAUUAUAGGUUUCUAGAUCAAUUGCAAAGCAUAUCAGAGUUCAUAUUUUGCGUCAGUGUAGUCGUAUAUGUUUUCAUCACGCACUUCAGAUUGAUCCCCAGGCCAAGACUGUAUACACACUCAUGUACAGUGCAUUGUGCAUUUGGGUGAAAACAUGAGAACAAUUGUGAUUUCCUUUAAACCAACGGGGCAAAAUCUACAAAAAGGGUCAUACAGACAUACGGUAUAUACUGCGAUCGAAACCUGUAAAAUAAAUAUGUAGAAUUUGAAAACGAUAUAACGCAUAAAAUCAACCCUGCGCACAGUUCACACUUGCACUGUGUCGACGCCAAAACCAAAAGUUACACAGCUUAUGCAGCGUCCAUGUUCUGCGGGUACACUUGCUGUUCACGGUAUCUCUAGUCUCUCCUGGUCACCUGCUUAAUGCUCCUACGACUCGUCAGCAUCGAUUCCACUUGCUGUGCCUUAACGCAUUUUUAUCAAUGCCUCACGUACACUACUGACCAGAAAGCCCUCUCCCGCCACCCGCCCAUGGCAAGAAGAUAUGCCCCUAGCGCUCCAGCCCUGCACAACAUGCGUAAAAACCCCCCUCCGGGGAUAAUUAACUGGGAAAAAAAAGGACAAGCUGUGGACAGAAUGUAACGGCACCGAAGUCUGUAAAGUACAUACAAAAGAAGAAGAAAAUCAGACACUGGAUGUCUCGCUUAAGAUGGCAAAGAAUUGUUUAUUUGACUGUAAUAUGCUUGCGUAUUAAAGAUGUUCCUCAUUCCGUUUGCCCCACAAGUAACAGAUGCGCUUAUUGUCGAUAACUGCAAUUACAAUACAUUUACACACGGGGGUGAUAUUAAAAUAAAAAAAUAAAGGCCUAACUGACAAAGUAAAUGUUUUUGAAACGUAAUGGGUUAUUCCGAUUAUUUUUUUUCCGGGAAGAAAUUGUAUUGCUUAGUGUGUGGUGUCGUAGAACCUCUGAACUUUGUUCCAUAGAAAAAAGAAAACGUCCUGAAGCUCUUGAUCACUGUAGGCCAGGCCAUGACCCAAUGACCCCUCUCAGAAGAUGCCCACCCGUUCUCCUCCCUGCAUGUUGAACCGCCUGCCAAUGAAUGUUGCAAAAGCCUUACGAAAGGUUUCCUUUCCCUGACUGGGUCUUUAGUUUGACGGACAGACGCGUGGGCCUAUCGCGAGGUGCCGUCGUCGAGGUUCUCAGAAUCCAUUCUCCAAUGGGUACCUUCUGAAGUGCAAUUUUAAGAAGUACAUAUCUCUCCACGAACACGGUACUCUGCUGCUACAUAGUGCUUGUUUUAAUAAAACUUCAAAACUUG